UUUAUAUAUUUGACUCUAUUAAUCUGUUUACUCCAGGUUGUGUCUCUUCUUGUUUGUAGGCAGAUUCAAGUCGCUGUUUUCAUUGCUUGUAGUGAGCGUUGCCAUGGUGACGGCAGGGUCGGCGCAGCGUGAAGUGGGAGACCAGCUUGUGGUGCUCAGCAUGCUGUAGAGCGGGAGACUGGUUUUAACACAAAGACGUGAUUGGGUGGAGUCGCGGAUGAUGUCAUGCGUUGAAUCUGAGGGUUUUAACAGAAUUUCUUCCAUUUGACCGUCGUGUGUUCGAACGCGACCAGAGCAGACAGAUCGUCGGUUCAGAUGCGCAGGAGAGAAAAACCCUGAAGUGAGACCGAGGAGGAGCCGAGCGGAGAGGCAGGGAGGGAGGAGAGGUGUGUGUCAUACUGAGCAUGCUCUUUGUGCUGACUUCCUGCCUUCUUUCUGCCCGACAGAGAGGAGCGUUCAGAGACGCCGGCAUUCAGCAACAGGAGCAGAAGAGGAUCGGUCGCUCCGGACUCGGCCGAGGAGAAUCAGCAGGUCCAAACCAGAGGAGUUACAACAACCAAGCUGUGGAUUUUUAGGUUUUAUUCUUUCUGUGUUUGUGUAGGAGAGUGACGAGUGAAACAGUUUUACUCCGUCUUCUGCCUUUCUCUCCUUUUUUCUUUGUGAAACUUCAUCUGGACAAACCUGAGACAAAACUGGGACCUCAGGGGGAUUUUUUUCUUUUUCCUGCUUACAUGUGCCACUCCUUUCGAUUUCUGUUUGUUAUCUCCCUCUGCCCUUUCCUGCUAAUAUUUGUUUUCUUAUGAAAGCAAGGGGAAGAGGUUUCUGAAGAGUCUGAGCCGAGACCUUGAAAAACUGUUUGUUUGGUUUUACGAGGAAACAAACCGCGGCUCGUGUCUCCUCGUUGGAAUUUCAAGGAGGAAUAAAAAGGAAAAUGGGCUCAGAAAAGGGCUCCGAGUCGCCUCACUCAUCGGUCAGCGGCGUUCCCAACCCUAAGUGCCGAGCAGCUGGGAAACGCCAGGGCCGUAUCUCCUUCCACAGCCUCUUCCACAGCAAGCGGGGCUCCCGGAGCGGACGGGCCCCCAAAGGAGGGGCGGCCGCUCCGUUAGCUCAUCAUCACCACGCACAGCAGCAGCUGCCUGCCGCCUUGAGUUCAACGCCCACCGCAGCCUCCGCCGCCGCCGCCGCAGCCACCGCAAGCGGCAAGGACGCAGCCUGCAGCACCCCCUCAAAGCCACUCUCCUCCAGCCAGCCGUCCCUCGCCGGCGCCGGAGAACCCAACCUCCUGGAGUGCCCGCUGUGCCUGGUGCGUCAGCCCGCCGAGCAGCUGCCCGAGCUGCUGGGCUGCAGCCACCGCUCCUGCCUCUGCUGCCUGCGCCAGUACCUGCGCAUCGAGAUCACGGAGAGCCGGGUGCAGCUCAGCUGCCCCGAGUGCGCCGAGAGGCUGGCCCCGCGGCAGGUGGCCGACAUCCUGGACGACGCCGCCCUGCUGGAGAAGUACGAGGAGUUCCUGCUGCGGCGCUGCCUCGCCUCCGACCCGGACUGCAGAUGGUGCCCUGCGCCCGACUGCGGGUUUGCAGUCAUCGCCUCAGGCUGUGCCAGCUGUCCCAGGCUGGUGUGUCGGAGAGAGGGAUGCGGCGCAGAGUUCUGCUACCACUGCAAACAGGCGUGGCACCCGAACCAGACCUGCGACUCGGCCCGGCAGCAGCGGGCCCAAUCCCUGCACACCCACAGCGGACACUCGCCCAGCUACACCCAGGAACAGGGGCCAGCUGAUGACAUCAAGCCCUGCCCUCGCUGCGGCGCUUACAUCAUCAAGAUGAACGACGGCAGCUGCAACCACAUGACCUGCGCCGUGUGCGGCUGCGAGUUCUGCUGGCUCUGCAUGAAGGAGAUCUCGGACCUGCACUACCUCAGUCCGUCCGGCUGCACCUUCUGGGGGAAGAAACCCUGGAGCAGGAAGAAGAAGAUCCUGUGGCAGCUGGGAACGCUGAUCGGAGCGCCGGUCGGGAUCACGCUGAUCGCCGGCAUCGCCGUUCCCGCCAUGGUCAUCGGAAUCCCGGUUUACGUCGGCCGAAAGAUCCACGCUCACUACGAGUUGAAGAAGGCGUCUCGCCACAGGAGGAACCUGGCCAUCACGGGGGGCGUGGCCCUGUCGGUCAUCACCGCCCCUGUCAUCGCAGCCGUCAGCGUCGGCAUCGGCGUUCCCAUCAUGCUGGCCUACGUGUACGGCGUUGUUCCCAUCUCGCUCUGCAGAGGAGGCGGCUGCGGCGUCAGCAGAGGGAAGGGCCGCGGCGUGCGAAUCGACUUUGAUGAAGACGACGGACCAAUCACAGUGGCGGACGCGUGGCGAGCCCUGAAGUCUCCGAGUCUCGGAGAGAGCAGCCUGGACGGAGCGGUCAGCGGUCUGAGCACCACGUCCCCCAGCGAGGGCCUCUCUGUGGCCCCUGGGAAUCUGGGAGACACUCCGCACUUCAACACGCUCGCCGGCGGCGCUUUGGGGACCCGAACCAGCAAGUACAACAGGUUGGAAGUUCAACCAGGGGAACUGGCUAAGGAAUCAGCCCAGAGAGAGACGGGAAGUCUGGGAGCAGGAAGCGACUGCGCCAGCACCCGAGGGAUGGCCGGAUCCAUCAUUUCCUCUUACACCUUACCCGACAGGGACUGCACCAACCUGGAGAUCCAGGUGGACAUCGAGACCAAACCCAGUCAUCUCUGCCUCACCAGUGAGGAGGACCUAGCUCCACAGGCAAGCUCUGCUGCCAUGGCGACUGCCUCAGGAGGGGAGGAGCCUCAGGACUGCAGCUCCAGAAGGGGCGGGGCUUUGGGACUGUCGCCAGGGGCAUCAAUCAGGGAGGGGCUCAGAGACGUGACCCUGGCCCAGCCGGAGAGCAUCCGCAGCGACCUGGAGAUGUCGGACACCCAGUCGGAUGACAUCGCGGAGCUGACGUCGGACGACUGCGACUCGCCUCAUCCCAAAAGCUGCCAGCAGCUGCAGCCUCCCUCCUGCAGAUCCCUGAACCCCCCCACCGACGGCCUUCACUGUCCUGCGGACAGCAACGUCAUCCUGUACGUCUGAGAGGCACAGCUCUCAGGAUUGCACAAAAACUGACAAAACCCUGAACAUUUACCUUCAAACUUUGUUUCCUUUUCCUCCUAUCAUCUCUCGUCAGCUGCUUUAAGGUCUGAAACACGGAUGCAGGUGUUUGUUUCCUCCUGUCUGUCUUAUCGAUCUACCGGCCAGCCUCCUUUCUGAGUAAAUGGUCAGGGUUCUACCUCUGAGAUUUGUUGUUUACUCUUUGGUGCAAAAUGCCUUGGCUUCUUAAGCAAAAAAGAAAAUGAAACAAAAAAGUACAAAUUUAUAAGAAAAAAUACAAAAAUGAAAUGUUAAAAUGGGGUGAAAGUUACCAAGCACAGCAGAAAGAAUCAGACUGGAGAAGAAACUGAUGUGUGUUUGAAUGGAGACUUACAGCUUUUUUCUGCUUCUGCUGCUUCUGCCAUCAACAAAAGUAUUGUUUGUUUGUUUGUUGUUUUUUUUGCAUCGUGCAUGAGUCUGCAUGAGCCAUUUCUCACCUGGAGGUUUUAAAAAGGCAGCGUGUUUCUCUUAUACAGUUUACCUUUAGAGGACGAAGCCGCACUUGGAUGUUGCUUUUCCUUCUGGAAAGAGGAUGAGGAGUAGAGAGGAGGAAGGAAGGAAGGAGAAAAGGAUGGAAGGAAGGAAGAGUUUGCACACGCUGCAGAAACAAACAAAUGAGAGAUCUGAUGACGAUGGACCAAAACAGCUCAGAGGAAAAGAAACAUUUAUACAAAUCUGAACCAAGUCUGUGAGUCUAAGAUGAUUUUUGUAAAAAAAAAAAAA